AAAAGUCCCCCAUCUGCAUCACCAUCCCUAAAAUUAACAACAAUAUUAAUUAAUAGAAUAAUGAAGUAGCGCUUGGAUCCAGAUCUUCUGCUAUUUUCUUCUAUAAACAAUACAUGGGGUUCCUCCCUCUACAAUCCCAAAACAGAUGACCUGCUGUUCUCUCUCUCUCUCUCUCUUCUUUCUUCUCUCUUCUCUCACCAGCAAUGCCUGCAACUCUAAGGAAUCUCUUGCUUUCUCCCAAUAUCUUCUCCAUCGCCUUACUUCUUUCAAUAAACUCUCUCUUCUUCUUUUCUUCUUGUUACUCCAUUGAUGAACAAGGCCAAGCUCUUCUAUCAUGGAAGAACAGCUUAAACGGCUCCACGGACACAUUGAGGUCGUGGAAUCCUUCCGACACAAGUCCAUGCAGCUGGUUCGGGGUUCGCUGCAGCUCCAACGGAGAAGUGGAGGAGAUAACGUUGAAGGCAUUGGAAUUGCAAGGUCCAUUGCCUUCAAACUUUCAACCUCUCAAGUCCUUAAAGACUCUUGUCCUCUCUUCGACGAAUCUCACUGGCCCGAUUCCAAAACAGUUUGGAGAGUAUCACGAGCUUAGGGUCGUUGAUCUCAGUGACAAUUCUCUCUCUGGUGAAAUCCCAGAAGAAAUAUGCAGCCUAACCCAGCUGCAAACUUUAUCUCUCAAUACGAAUCUUUUCGAAGGCAAAAUCCCUUCCGGCAUCGGAAAUCUUUCGCGCCUUGUGUAUCUUACACUCUAUGACAAUCAACUCAGCGGCGAAAUUCCAAAGAGUGUUGGAGAAUUGAGAAAGCUAGAAGUUUUCAGAGCAGGAGGGAACAAGAAUCUCAAUGGUGAGAUACCUUGGGAGAUUGGAAACUGCACCAACUUGGUCAUGUUAGGCCUUGCUGAAACCGGCAUUACCGGAAGCCUUCCCACGUCGAUUGGAAUGCUCAAAAGACUCCGAACGAUAGCCUUAUACACAUCUCUGCUGUCUGGUCCAAUCCCUGAAGAAAUCGGAAACUGCAGCGAGCUGCUGAACCUGUACUUGUAUCAGAACUCCAUCACCGGUCCAAUCCCAAAGCGAAUUGGAGAGCUCGGGAAGCUUCAGAGUCUGUUGCUGUGGCAGAACAGCUUGGUGGGUUCAAUCCCAAAUGAGCUUGGAAGCUGCAGAGAGCUCACAGUCUUGGACUUCUCAGAAAACCUUCUGACAGGACAAAUACCUAAAAGCUUUGGUGAGCUUUCGAAUCUUCAAGAGCUUCAGCUGAGUGUCAAUCAGUUAUCAGGUACUAUACCUUCUGAAAUCUCAAACUGCACUGCUCUGACUCAAUUGGAAGUUGACAACAACGACAUCUCGGGGGAGAUUCCUGCUCUCAUUGGCAACCUCAAGGGCUUAACUCUAUUUUUCGCGUGGCAAAAUAGGCUUACGGGCAACAUUCCUGAGAGUCUCUCAGACUGUCAGGAUCUUCAGGCUCUUGAUCUUUCUUACAACAACCUAUUUGGUUCAAUACCAAGAAAUCUUUUCGGAUUACGAAAUCUCACAAAGAUUCUGCUGCUUUCCAAUGAUUUAUCUGGCUUUAUACCGCCGGAUAUAGGAAACUGCACAAACCUGUACAGGUUAAGGUUGAAUCGUAAUCGGCUGGCAGGUACUGUUCCAUCGGAGAUUGGCAACUUGAAGAGAUUGAAUUUCGUUGAUUUGAGCAACAACCGCCUCGUUGGAGCAAUCCCUCCAUCGAUAUCAGGAUGUCAGAACCUUGAGUUUCUUGAUCUCCAUUCGAAUGGGAUCGCCGGCUCUGUCCCUGACACACUGCCUAAAAGCCUGCAGUUUGUUGACAUCUCCGAUAAUAGGCUCACCGGUCAGCUUCCUCCCAGCAUUGGAUCAUUAACCGAAUUGACAAAACUCAAUCUCGGGAAGAAUCAGCUCUCUGGCAGCAUCCCAGCAGAGAUCCUCUCUUGCAGUAAGCUUCAAUUGCUAGACAUUGGCAACAAUGGCUUCUCAGGUGAAAUUCCAAAUCAACUUGGUCAAAUUCCUUCGCUCGAAAUAUCCCUCAACCUAAGCUGCAACCUAUUUUCGGGUGAAAUCCCAUCCGAGUUAUCUAGUCUUACCAAGCUAGGAACCCUUGACAUCUCCCACAACAAGCUCUCCGGAAACUUGAACACUCUCACAAACCUUCAAAACCUUGUUUCCCUCAAUGUCUCUUUCAAUAACUUAUCCGGCGAAUUGCCUAACACCCCAUUCUUUCAGAAACUCCCUCUUAGUGACCUUGCUGAGAACACAGGUCUCUACAUCUCCGGCGGAGUCACAACUCCAGCUGAUAGGAUGGGAUCAAAGCACAAUAGAUCAGUUGUGAAGCUGAUCACAUCGGUUUUCAUUUGUGUCACUGCAGCUCUUCUCCUGCUUGCAGUCUACACCCUAGUCCGUGCGCGAAUAGCUAGCAAUAUUCUCAGGAAAGAUGACAGCUGGGAAAUAACCUUGUACCAGAAGCUCGAUUUCUCUAUAGAUGACAUUGUCAGGAGUUUGACAUCAUCGAAUGUGAUUGGCACCGGAAGCUCUGGGGUUGUAUACAGGGUGACAAUUCCAAAUGGAGAAACUCUAGCAGUGAAGAAGAUGUGGUCAUCAGAAGAGUCAGGAGCAUUCAAUUCCGAAAUUCAGACGCUCGGAUCAAUCAGGCACAAGAACAUCAUCCGGCUCUUGGGUUGGGGUUCAAACCGAAACCUGAAAAUUCUGUUCUAUGAUUACCUUCCCAGCGGAAGCUUGAGCUCGCUUCUACAUGGUUCCAGGAAAGGAGGAGCAGAUUGGGAGGCUAGAUACGAUAUUGUUUUAGGCGUGGCUCAUGCACUUGCGUACUUGCACCAUGACUGUGUGCCGGCUAUUCUGCAUGGUGAUGUGAAAGCCAUGAAUGUUCUGUUGGGUCCUGGCCAUGAGCCGUAUCUUGCUGACUUUGGAUUAGCUAGGAUUGUGAACAGCAAUGGUGGUGAUGAAUUUUCGAAAACAAGUCAUCGGCCUCAAUUGGCCGGUUCGUAUGGAUACAUGGCUCCAGAGCAUGCAUCAAUGCAAAGUAUCACUGAGAAGAGUGAUGUCUACAGUUUUGGCGUUGUUCUUUUAGAGGUACUAACAGGAAGGCAUCCAUUAGACCCAACUCUUCCCAAAGGUGCACAUUUAGUUCAGUGGAUUCGGGACCACUUAGCGUGCAAGAGAGACCCGAUUGACAUUCUCGAUCAAAAGCUCAGGGGAAGAUCUGAUCCUGCGAUGCACGAAAUGCAGCAGACACUAGCUGUGUCGCUUCUCUGUGUCAGCAACCGUGCUGAUGAACGCCCGAUGAUGAAGGAUGUCGUUGCAAUGCUCAAGGAAAUUCGACAUGUAGACUGCGCAAGGCCGGAACCGGAGUUGUUAAAGGGAGGAGGGUUGCAAGCAAUUCUGGCAUCCCCUCCUGCUAGGAAGGCAGUUUCACAAUGCUCUUCUAACUACUCAUUUGCCUUCUCUGAAGAUUCAAGGUCUCAAUGAGAAGCUAAAGUGCUUCGUAGUUCACCUACUAAUGUUCAUAUAUUUAGGGGGAAUCAAAAUCCCAUAGAGCAAGGAAGAAUAUUAGAGCAUUUUUAGUGUAAUUUUCAAUUUUUUUUUUUCAUUAUUUGUGGUUAGAUUGAAAUAGUUAAUUGCCUCCCCACUAGGAACGGCGUUUAAGGGAGACUAGCUUAACUGUCUUUUGAAAGGACUUACAUCAAGCAGGGAAAUCAAGGGGCCUGCGUGCCCAAACCAAUCCCGCAAAGCGACGUGAGGAAGUUAAAACACAUGGCGACGUCUGACAAGUUCCUCUCGUGAUUAGGAGUGAGACUAAAUUCAGGGCAUGUAUGUAGAAGUGUAGACAAUGAUUAGUAUUUUUGGAUUUAUGCAAUUAGAAUUUAAUGCAAGGAGAAAGGGAAUGAGAUUCCACGCCAUAUUUUUCUUUCCA